AUGAGCCAACGAUCCUUCGGAAGCGACAUUGGAAAUACAUCAUUGAUGACGGCUGCUGACUCAUCGCUCAUAAAAUCGCCAAAUUCGCUGGAAAACGCCACAGAACAAAUGGAAAAACCGGAAAAUGGACAUGCAGCUUCCACUCGUCUGCCGAGACCAUUGGCCAUCGAAAUCUACACCAAAAUUCACAAUAGCACAUUCUCCAAGGACGAUCUGCUGGAUGAGAUCGAGGAUCUCGUGGACGAGAAGUACUACCCUGGUGAGAUCCUGAUGAGCCAAGGCAAGGAGUAUACGGUAGUGACGAGCGAGAAACGAGGCGGAUUGACACUCUACACAAUGGAGGACGGCACGAAGAUCGGACAUCGCGAUUUGAGACGAAAAAAGGGCCUAUCCCUUGAGGAAAUCCAACAAGCGACCCUAGAAGACGUGAUUCACGAGAAUGAGAAGGUGUGGAAAGUGAAAGAUGCCCUUCUAAAAGAGUGUCCGAUUCGGGAGACCAAGAAGUUCGCGCCCAUCUUCUCGUCGGCGAAUCGAAAGGCGCAGGCAGCCACGUCAUCAGCUUCUACAGUAAUCCAGGAGGAAGAUAAGAAGUCGGAUGGGGAGGAGGAGGAAGAGGAGCAGGAGAUCGGCUUGAAUACGCCGCUCCGCGUCCGUCCCUCCGGUGGUCCAGCCGCCUCGGCAAGUCGUCGUCAAAUGGAAAAGAAGAAGGAGAAGGAGGCAAAGGAAAAGGAGAAGUUGGAGAAGAAGGAGAAGGAAAAAGAGGAGAAAUUGAGGAAAAAAGAGGAGGAGAAGGCGAAAAAACAGGCAGAAAAAGACGAUAAAUUGAAGAAAAAAGCGGAAAAAGCGGUCAGGAAAUCGAUUGGGGGCGGAGCUUUGGGAUCUCAAGGCCUCAUCGAUCGAUUUGUGAAGAAGGCGGAGGAGAAUGGAGCGGAUUCGACGACGUCUUCUGGACAGCCAUCCAAGUGGUCGGAAAAACGAGUCGCGUUGGGGUUGAAGAAGGUUGAUGAGGCGUGGAAGAGACGGGAUCAGGAGGCGUUCAACGAGGCGUGCAUCUGGUGUGAGAAGAAUCUAUCCGGAAACCAACGAGCCACAUUCGAGAACCCCAUCUACAAGUUCGCCAUCCAGAAGUUGGUUGAUAAGACGAAGGAUAAGGCACUGAUCAGAGGAUGGAAGCGUGCUCAACAGGUCGAAUAUCGACACGAGAUGGCUGAGAAGAGACGGGCGGUCUACUCACAGUAUGAGCCUCAGAUCAAGGCUUGGUUCAAUGAGGACAUUGCACUCGACGAUCUGCUUGUCACCAGCACUACCCUGGACUUCCCCACCAACGCCAAACGCCUGGAUUGCGACGCAGAGCUGUUGAAGUGUAUGGAAAUCGCUCAAUACUUCGUCUCGAUGCGCAAGAUCCUGCUCUGGAACGAGAACAUCAGUGCUGAGCAAUUGCGAGAUGACCUCCAUCAAGGGCUCGAAGGCUUCCGACGGUCCACGUACAAGAUGAUUGCGAAUCUUCUGGAGACGGCACUUCAGGAGAAGGAAUUCGAGAAGGUCGCCCAUUGCAACGCCCGUCUAUCAGAAUUCCCGAUCACGGAGCACACCGUCUCCGAGCUCAUCCACGCCUUCUUCAUUGGGAACACCGAGACGAGCUUCAAACGAGACGCCAAGAAGCAGAAUCGAAUGGCUGGAUACGUGAUGGAAGAGGAUUCAGAAGAGUCGGAGCAUGAGGAAGAGGCUGAAAAUGAGCCAAAAUCCGAGGAAAAGGACCCCGAAAAUGGUCAGAAUGGCCCCCAAAUCGACCCCAAGCCCGAGGAAAAUGACCCAGAAGACGUCGAGGAUUCUGAAGAAGUGAUCCGUCGGCAGCGAAUCCUUGCUAUGUUCCAAAACCCCGCCCACAUCUACGAAUGGGCUCCGGCGGAGCAGCUAGAGGUGCUCUAUGAGCUCAAAGAGCUCGUCCACGACCUUCCAAUCAUUCGGGAGUGGUACUUGAGAGAUGCGAACACGGAGCAGCUCACUGGGCUCAAGGCAGCGGCGAAUAAGAUUGCCAAGAAGAUCGAGGACUUCCAACAGCAGCUAGCCGAUCUCCCUCCAGGCGGAAUCACCGAAGCCAUGUCACGUCAUCAGACGCGCGAGAUGGAAAAGGUGAUAAAGAAGAGGCAGAAUCUGGAGAAGGCGUUGGACGAUCUGAGGGAUGAGCUGGAGGAGAAUCGGGAGAAGUCAGCGAGGGAAAGGGACGAUUUGGAACGGAUCUAUCGAGUGAUCUCCAUUGGAAACGAUCGCCACUUGAGGAAGUACUAUUGGUUUGCAUAUAGCUCGGAUGCCGGGAUUUGGGUCCAAGAUUUUGGCACGACUUCCUACGAGAAAUGGGUCCGCGAUUGUCGUGAGAAGGGAUUCAUGGACAUUGAGUCGUUGGAUGUGGAGAAUCGACCCGAAUAUGAGGAUUUACCCAUCACGUCAUCAGAAUGCACAGAAGUCUGGUAUAAGCUGGAUACGGAGUCCGACGUCAAGGAGCUCCUCCAAUCCCUGGCGAAGAACGGGAAACGCGAGAAGCCGCUGAAGAAGUACCUCUCAAACAAUUUGGACGACAUUCUGUCGAGUAUUCGGAAGCCAGUGAAGAAAGAAGACGUCAAGAAGGUGACGCCAGAAGACGUCGUCACGACGGAUUCAGAAUCCAUGGAAGAUGAGCAAUUGGGUGAUGAGACUGCCGAGGAGGAGGCUCCAGUGGUUUCCAAGUUCCAGGGACCAUUUGGAUCCCUUAAACAGACGAUGAUGGACUUCCUGAGGGAUUAUCAGCAGUCUGGAAUCACUAAAAUCGGAGAUUUGCAAGUUUUCGAGGGACGACUUCUGGAUGCUAAUAACUUGGACGAAAUGAAACGUCUGUUCAUCGAGCUGGUGACCUCGAUUCCAAAAGAAUGCUUGAUUGAGAAAUACAAAAUGGACGUGGCUCUUGUGAAAAGUGAGUUUCCAGGCAUUCUAGGGGUCCCUGGUUCGAUCCCCGCUGUGGCAUCGCAAUUUUUUACUUUUUCGAUUUUUGGAUUUUUCACGUUUUGUCACAUUUCCAGGCUGAGCAACCUCGGAAAAUCUCUAAAAACUCCCAAUUUUCUUCCAGAAUGCUUCUCGCACCUCAUCAUCCCACGCUUCUGUCGUCGUGUGGAAGAAGCUAAGAAUCCGUCGUGUCUUCACAUGCUUCUGGCCUAUUUCGAUGCACGAAUCGAUCGUCAGAGGACGUUACCAGAGCUGCCAUGCCAAGUGUGCCGCAGAAAGAACGGAACCCAACGAAAGCUGAUGUGCAAGCAGUGCGCUACCGUAUUCCACUACAAUUGCCACCGACCGGCGAUCAGUCCCGCGUUGUUUGAGGAGGAAGGAUUUAAGGAGCGUUGGUGGUGUGCAAAAUGCACCAAAGAGGAUCGUCGUCGUCAACUCGAAGAGGCCAGGGCCAAAACUGAAGAGAAUCGAGGAUCCGGGGACGAAAGCGCGGGUUCUGAUGAGGAGGAAGAAGACGUGGAUAUGCUGGACGAGGAGGAGCAGAUGUCCCGAGGAAGAAGCGCCAAGCGAAAGGCCAACGCGGCGAUGAGAGACGUUUUGGAGUUUGAAGGCGUGCUGAGAGCCCCGACACAGCCGCCAGCGCCCAAGAAAGUCAAGAAGGACGUCGUCUUGGAGGACCAAAAACAAAUAGAAACCUUAUUUUUGGGGGUCCCUGAUUCGAUCCCCGCUGUGCCAUCGAAAUUUUUUGCUUUUUCGAUUUUUCGAAUUUUCGUGAAAAUCAAAUUUCUAAGCCAUUUUAGGGUCAUUUCUAGCCAAUUUUUACUCCAAAAACCUGUAAAUUUCGUCCCAAAACUCAUAUUUUCAUGUUUUCAGGAGGUCCAAGAGCUAUUCGACUCCAUCGAACGGGCCAAUCCCCGUCUCUACAAGCUUAUCCAGACAGUGCCAUCUCAAUCGCGCUCCACACGAAACUCCACCCACGAAUGUCGCUCUCUGAUGGAGAUCGAGGAGGAUUUGGACGUCUACACGUCUGCGGAUCAGCUCCACGACCAUUUGACGCAGUUCUUCCAGCACGCGCGCGGAUGGGUCGAAACUCAUAACUCGCGAAAGCUCGACGACCUGGAUGACCUCAUUUCGGAGCUAAAUUUCGUUUAA